AUAGAUUCCAACGGCAAUCUUGUCUUGUCCCGCGAUCCGUUGUCGUCGACGACUAACUAUUUGAAACUGAAUUCGGAUCAGAACCAUGCCGAUCUUCACCAAAAUUGAGCAGAAGACUGAGCAAAUAUAAUCGAGAUCAGAGUUUGUCUCCUCCAAUACCCCAAACCAUUCUUCUUCACAUAUAUCCAUCCAUCCAUGGAGUCGUCGUCGUCUUCUUCACAGAAAUCAUCUUCUCUGCGAAUCCUAAUGUUCCCAUGGCUGGCUCACGGACACAUAUUUCCCUACCUCGAACUCUCCAAACGCCUCCUCAAUUACAAAAUAAGAAAUUCAUCAUCAUUCGACAUCCACUUAUGCUCCACGCCCAUUAAUUUCACCUCAAUCAACCAUUUCCUGCAAGCCCACAAUCUCCAGAACUCCAUUAACCUCAUCGAGCUUCACCUGCAGCAGCAGCAACAACAAUCUGCAGACAAUAGUAUUGAUCAACUAAUUCCUCCCCAUUACCACACCACCAAGAAUCUCCCACCCAAUCUCAUUCUACCCUUAAUCAAAGCCUUCCAGACUGCCAAAACCAGCUUUUCGCACAUCCUCGACACUCUAAACCCUAAUCUGGUAAUAUUCGAUGUUUUCCAGCCAUGGGCGGCCACGACUGCUUCCUCAAAAGGCAUCCCAGCCGUCCAUUUCUCCGUCGUCGGAGCAGCCACAAGAUCCUAUCUUCACCACCGCUACUCCCGCCACGACGACAAUUUCCCAUUCCCAGAGCUCUGUCUGGACAAUUUCGAGAGGCAAACCCUCGAUCACGCCGUCGAAUUCCUUCGCAAAAAUGUCUUCGGACACGAUCAAGAUGUCUACUUUCUCAACUACAAGCUGUCCACUGAAUUCGCUUUGCUGAAGACCACUGAAGCUUUCGAAGGUAAAUAUCUAACCUACGCUUCUUCUGCCCUCGACAAGAAGUUACUACCCGUUGGGCCCCUCGUCACACCCCCCAAAUAUGACGUCAUCGAGAACAGCAAGAAUUCAGACAUAAUCCGAUGGCUGAGCAAGAAAGAAGAACAUUCGACAGUUUACAUUUCAUUCGGGAGCGAACACAGAUUGUCGAAGCAAGAAAUCGAGGAAAUAGCAAAAGGGCUUUUGGUUUGCGAGGCUAAUUUCAUAUGGGUUUUAAGAUUACUGCCGCCAUUGAUGGAAGAUGAUGAGAAACAGGAAACCCUAAUUGAAGAAUUGUCACUUCCAGAAGGGUUUCUUGAUAGGGUUUCGGACAGAGGGUUAGUGGUGACAGAUUGGGCCCCACAGGCAGAAGUUUUAGGGCAUUCGAGCAUCGGGGCGUUCUUGAGUCACUGUGGGUGGAGUUCUGUGAUGGAAAGUUUGUAUUUUGGAGUUCCGAUUGUGGGGAUGCCAAUGGCGAUUAAUAUGUUUGUUGAUGCAAGAAUGAUGGUGGAUAAUGGGGUUUGUCUGAGGGUUAAUUAUGUGUCUGGUUCGAGGAAGGAAGAAGAAGAUGAUGAUGAUGAUGAUGAUGAUGAUGUUAAUGGUAUUAUUUGGUAUAGAGGGGAAGAUAUUGGGGAGGCCAUUGGAGAAGCGAUUGUGGGGAAGUUAGGGGAGAAGAUGAGGAAGAGAGUUGCAGAGUUGAGGUUGAAGAUGCAGAUGGAGGAGGAAGAAGCCAUUGCUGUGGUGGCCAAUCACCUAUGCCAGAUCUGCACCAGGAAUUAAAUCAUUAAUUAAAACAAAAUUAUUAUUAUUAUUAUUAUUAUUAUUUUUUUUUUUCCCACGAGUUUGGAAAAAAAUUGGUUUGAGGUUGGUAUGAAAAAAUGUUUGAUGGCAUAUUUUGUGAUCGGAAAAAAUAUAUUUUUUUCGAAAAACGCAAAGUAGAAAUAAUAAAAUUUGGAGAAACUUGGCUAAAGAAACAUACCA